AUGUCUACCACGAUCACUGAAGCCAUAUCCACACACGGCCUAACCCCUUCGCUGAGGGUGAUUCAGAACGGGUUUGGGGCGGAAAUCACUGGACUGGAUUUUUCCAACGGAGUGACCGACGUGGGAUAUCGAUUUAUUGAGGACGCAGUAAAAAGGCAUGGAUUUGCAGUGGUACGAAAGACAAAGCUUGACGACGAGACUCAUCUCGAGCUGGCUAAGAAGUUUGGCGAUCUCGACGAUGUAACUCCUUAUAACACGGCCGGUCGUGUACACCGUUUGAAAUAUAACGAAUUAUUCGACGUUGGAAACAUUGAUAUCGAUGGCUCAAUUGUCGAUUUGAGCAGUCCUCGUGGCGAGGCGAACAAGGGUAAUUCUCUCUUUCAUACUGACUCCAGCUUCAACCCUCGGCGAGCUGGCUACUCCUUGCUACUUGCCCAUGAACUUCCUCCCCUUGGCACAGGUGGCUCGACAGCCUUUGCUGACAUGCGGGCUGCUUACCGGGACCUUGAUCCUGAAUUUAAAAAUUUCCUGCAUGAGAAGAAUUUCAUUGCUCGCCACUCACUGCUACACUCCAAGAAAAUGGCUGCUCCCGAGUGCUUCAGAGAUGUGGAGCCCUCGGACCAUUUCAUGAGUCGCCACUGGCUGCUGCAGGUGCACGAACGCACCGGAAUCCCCACGAUCUACCUGGCGAAGCAUAUUCAUUCGCUUGAAGGGGUUUCGUCUGAGGAAUCCCAGUCUAUUCUGGAUAGACUGUUCGAUCAUGCAACCCAGGAUCAAUACGUCAUUAACGUCCAGUGGAAUGAUCCUGGUGAUAUGAUUGUGUGGGAUAACACAUGUACCAUGCAUCGUGCUGUUAGUGGUGAAUUUGUCACCAAGUACCGGAGAGAUAUGAGGCGAGCGACUGUUCAUGAUGAUAGUAGUUUGGCAUGGGGCUUGAACGAGAAAAGCAACAAACGCAUGGGUCUUCCUUGA